UUUGUCUAUGGUUAAAUAUUUCGCUUUGAUACUAAAAUGGCGGAUGUCUCAAGAAAUGAACGAAAAAUUAAACUCUCUAAAAAUGGAAAAGUUGUGAAAAAAAGAGCGCGAAAUCCAGAAGAAUGGCACAAACAAAAGCAGAAACGCCUAAGAAUAGCAGGUUUAGAGUACAUAAAUGCAAAUGGAAAGGUGGUUCCCCAGAAACAACCUGGACCCGACUGUAAUUGCAGAAGAAAAUGUUUUGAAAGAGUUCCUGAAGACAUAAGACUCAAAACAUUUCAAGGAUUUUAUUCUAUGAAAAGUCAUGAUGAACAAAAUGCAUAUUUAUUUGGCCUAAUGAGACAAGUAGAUGUAAAGAGAAAAAGAGUGAAGUCUAGCAGUCGUCGCACUUGCACCUUUGAAUAUUUUGUUAGAGUAAAGGGAAGAGAAACUCAAAUCUGUCAAACAGCAUUCAAGAAUAUUCAUGCAAUCACUGAAAGAAAAGUAAGAGUAUUGUGUAAGAAAAUGGAUGAUGGCAUUAUGUUUCCCAGUGACAACCGUGGCAAGAACAGUCACAAGAGAUCUGGAGAAAUUAGAUUACCACCGGGAGUUUGUGACGAAAUCAAGAAUCACAUCUAUUCUAUUGUUCACACUCAUCGCCUCAAAGACUUCAUAAGGCUUGAUAAGAUUGCUGGUCUUGAAAUUAACAUCUCCAAGAUGUGGAAAGAUUACAUAAAAACCUAUGAUCCUGACAACAUCACAGCAACAAUGCCUAAAUCUAAACGAAACAUGGAAGUAGUGGUGGCCAAUGAAGCAACAAUUCAGCCUAUGCCUCAACCACAAGAACCAAGCUAUGCCCCUAUCUACCAAGGGAAUGGGCAUCUUGUUAAUAUUGCUGAAAACUACUUCCAAAAUCAAUAUCAGACAACAUUAGCAACAACUGCCACACCUGGAAACUAUUAUCAAACACAAACUGGGCCCAUACUACUGCAGUCAACCUCGGGAAGAUCUGCUCAGCCCACCACAGCAUACAUUGUACUCCAAGCAAAAACUGAGCCACAACAAGGCAUCACCAUGGCUAUGGCACCUAUUGCUCAAGCACCAGAAAUUAUUGAAGAAGAAGAGUUUGAAAUAAAAAAAGAGAAAAAGUCUAAAGUUAAAAAAGAGAGAAAAAGGGGUCCUACUGUAAAACAAUGGAGAUAUGCCAAUAUUUUCCAUGAUGAGAUAAAUGGCGCGGCCCUGUGUGCUAUUAAAACAAGGCUAGGAAUGUAUUAUGCAGAAAGUGAUGCUGCCAGGAAAAAGGCCAAACAAGUGAAGUCAGAAACAGUUCAGACACAGACACAAGUGCCUCCUCAGCAACAACAAAUUACUCCAACUCACACAGUUACUAUUUAUACCUAACACUAGUUAUAACUAAUCAAUCUAAUCAUGAAUGACCCUAUAUAGAAACAUAAUUUUAAUUAUUGUCUUUAAUAAUUACAACCAUGUAAUGUAAAUUCAGCUCUGGCUAAAGGAAGAGGGCCAAGGACAGAGCCUUGUGGAACUUCUUGCUAGAAGCCCCUGUCUGCUUGACCUGAGAUCAUAAUUAUUACAUUAUAUAUUCAUCACAUUUUAUUUUUUAGCUCUCUGUGAGAGAUAAUUGAAAUCAAUCUUGUAAUCUGAGACAUAUUCAUGAACUUGUGUUCUUAUUUAGUUUAGGUACAUACACUUUAUAUUGAAAUUAAUUUAAUGGUGAUAAUUAUUGUAAGAGUUAGUUUUAGAAAUUGAAUGGAUGAUAGGGCUACAUAUACAUUAUAUUCUCCCAUCAUUCAUUAAUAUUUAAGUAAUUAUAAUGAAUCAGCAUUUCAUUUCAAAUAAAUAAAGUGCUUACAAAAAUUAGUGUAGUUUC